UUCUGUAGUUCAUUCAGCAUGAUGGCUGCGGAUGCUGCGGAUGCUCUCGGCUGCAUCCUGCAUCCGCGCCGGCUCUCUCUACUCUUCCUCACCGUUACCCUCUCCUCUCUGCCGGCCCCCACAGCAGCGCUGCUCGGUGUCCGGCCGGAGGACACCCAGAGCGGGGAGCUGUCCGUCCAGGAUGGGAUACUGAGGGCGAUCGAGGGGACCCGCUUCAUACUGAGGGUGUACUACUCCGCAGCCCCUGCUACGGAGCAUCCCAACCGCUUGAACAUCAGUGGCAGACCUGCCGCUCCGUGGAUCGCGUUUAUAGAGGAAGCAGGGGGGGACAGUGGGGACACGGAGAAGGACAGGUCCACAGGGAAUCCAUGCGAGGACGAGGAUGCCCGGAGCUCAGACAUCGAGUUGCUGGGCUCUUUCAGAUCCACAUCAAGUCACAACUCAGUUUUGGUAGAGCUGCUCGCUAAAGACCUGCGCAGAGGCGAGCUCAUCAAAUACUACUCCAUGUGCGCAUUUGAUGGAGUGAAAUGGGAACAUUUCACCACCAAAGACUUCUGGUUGGCGGUGGUGGAGAGACCUCCGGAGGCAGAUGUUUGGCUCCAGGCGGGUGUUUCGGUGCUCUUGAUAGGACUGUCUGCCCUCUGCAGCGGGUUGAACAUCAGCAUGCUGGCUCUGGACCCCGUGGAGCUGAGGGUCCUGCAGAAUAGUGGCACAGAGAAGGAGCAGAAAUAUGCACGGAAGAUAGAGUCAGUGCGUAAACAUGGGAACUACAUCCUUUGCACCGUGGUGUUGGGAAACGUGCUUACAAAUACAUGCUUUGUGGUGUGGAUGUGCCAGAUUUUAGGAUUGACUGCUCUCUCAACAGCCUCAUGCACUUUGGGAAUAUUCUUCUUUGGAGAGAUUUUACCUCACUCCCUGGCGUCAAGGCACAGUCUCGCCAUCGCCUCAAAGACCCUCUGCGCGACCCGCCUGCUGAUGCUGGUGUUUUUCCCCAUCGCAUAUCCAGUCUCCAAGAUCCUGGACAUCAUGCUGCACCAAGAGAUCAGCAACUUUUACACCAGGGAGAAGUUGGUGGCCAUGCUGCGCGUCACAGAUCCGUACCACGACCUGGUUAAAGAGGAGCUGAACAUCAUCCAGGGGGCCCUGGAGCUGAGGAACAAAACCGUAGAGGACGUGCUGACCCCACUCUCUGACUGCUACAUGCUGUCUUCGGACGCCGUCCUGGACUUCUGCACCAUGUCGGACGUGAUGCAGAGCGGCUUCACCCGGAUCCCGGUCUACGAGAACGACAAGUCCAACAUAGUGGACAUCCUGUUUGUGAAAGACUUGGCCUUCGUGGAUCCUGACGAUUGCACUCCCCUAAAAACGAUCACUCAGUUUUACAAGCAUCCCAUGCACAGCGUGUUCAAUGACACCAAGUUGGAUGUGAUGCUGGAGGAAUUUAAGAGAGGGAAGUCCCACCUGUCCGUGGUGCAGAGGGUGAACAGCGAAGGUGAAGGAGACCCCUUCUAUGAAGUGAUGGGCAUCGUCACCCUGGAGGACGUCAUAGAGGAGAUCAUCAAGUCUGAGAUUGUGGAUGAGACAGACCUGUUUAAGGUGGAGCCUUUUAGGCCAUGUCACCUGUCAGACAAGAUCUUGCUGCGUCUCAUCAAACAUCCCAGCGUUGUGCAGGAACUCAAGUUCAACCCCAAGAACAAACACGCUCCUCAACACUACCUCUUCACGAGAAACAAACCUGUGGACUACUUUGUCCUCGUUCUGCAGGGACGGGUAGAGGUAGAAAUCGGAAAGGAGGCUCUUCACUUUGAAAAUGGAGCUUUUUCACAUUAUGGCAUGCCAGCAGUCAUCAUGCCCCUGCCUAUUGGUCGGAGACAUAGUUCCCGGGGCAGUGGUCUGAACCACUCAGAAUCACUGCUGAGUGGAGGCAGUGCGGGUCAGCUCACUACAGGAGGGGGGGUCUACUUGCCAGACUACUCAGUCCGACAGCUAACAGACCUGCAGAUCAUCAAGAUCACCAGGAACCACUACCAGAACGCCCUCACAGCCACCAGGAUGGACAGCUCCCCUCAGACUCCAGACCCCCUGGAUCCUGAUGCUAAAGGGAGGCCUGCGGUCCCAGAGGUCCGCUCACACAGCAUUGCCCUCCCCCUCACACACACACACACUCGGCUGGGGCUGGCCCGCCUUGCACAUCUCCAUCCCUACGGUGGCCUUCGCAACACCUCCCAGCUCAAUGCGAGGAACCGAAUUGUUCGCAGCAAAUCUGACGGGCAGAGGAGUCCAAAUGAUACCGUGUUCCUCCGUUUGGACGAGAUUCCCUAUAUUCACGAGGAUCGGCCGGAAACGUAUGGAGAGAAUGACGUGCCUACAGACUCCCCGCCCUUUGCCUCUCCCUUCAUCAGCUCUCUGUCUCUGUCCAGCUCGGAAGAGAACAUUGGGAAGAAGCUAUUGCGUAAAUUGAGUAACAAGAGGAGGAAAAAGUCUCGGGAUGGAGAAAACUGUUUGGAGGAAGGUUCAGAGCAACCACCAGUGACGAGCUAGCACAGUGACGCUGAGGAAGAGGGAUGAAGCUUCUUCCUCUUUAUCACUCACUCAUUGGGUUUUCAUUACUGAACAACCAACCUCUCAUAGACUCCCUCUGUGCUCCUGAAUAACUGAGCCAUCUCAUGAGAUGUAGAAACACUCAGGACCUCACUCGCACCUAGUCCUACCACUGCCUGACUCCACACCCUUAAAAUUAUAAUAAGUGGAACAGAUCUGUAAAAAGAAACUUUAAUAUAAUAUUACUUUUGGAAAAAUCGAAGAAAUAUAGUAUUGGAUUUUUCCAGCCUUACACUGGACUUUAUCAAGGUUUUCAAGUAGUAAACCGAGAAGAUAUUUCUAUGGUAGCUUUACCCAUAAUGUGACCAUUUUAUCAUCUCAUUUAAGCAAUAUGGUCUCCACCAGAUCUCUCAAUAUGGAGCCUCACAAGGUCCUAAUGUAAUAUCUGAGCCAGCUUUACUUGAUCAAACAAUGAAUACAAGAGUUUUUAUUAUUUAUUUAUUAUUGGGAAGUUCCCACAUACUGAUAAAGUUGUUUGCACAGGGAACUUUCCUAAUGUUGCCAUAAGGGUGCCACAUACUGCCAACAAUACCAGACACACUAGCCAUCGGCUAUGAAGAAACAGCCACAAGACAAGAGCACAAUUUUUAUGCCAGAUUUUAAGAACACAAUUAUGAAAAAAGCCAUAAAUUGGCUUGAAUUAUUGUAUACACUGACCUCUGAGCAAGUUCAAAGGGGUAUGCGCAAUUUUGAAAAAGACCUGAGCUUGAAAUAAAACCAUUUAUUACCCGAUUUUUAUAUAAAAAGUUUUAGAAUUACCAAAAGUAAUUGGAGGAUAGCAAUAUAUAUAUAAGUCAUCUAACAUACUGUAAAUGGCUUCAACAUCACACAUUAUUGCAUGUGCCCUACAUACUGUAGUGUCUGUCCUCCCAUUAAAACGUUCCCUUCUCACUGCAUAAGUGUAUGGACACAAUGUCUUUAUCAUCCUUACUAAGCCCACUUUUCUCUAGAUGUACUGUAACCACCGUCUUUCAAAUAAUCAGCCUAUUGUUUCUUGCAUUCAGAACAAGUAGUGGCGAUCAACUCUUACCAUUAGUUACCAUUAGCCAAGCCUCUAUGUACAGUUCAUCUCACUUUAACAGCAUACACCAAUUAAAAAUAAGCUAGGGGUAGGGGGGUUUGCGUUUAGGGAUCCAAAUGGAUGUUAUGAGUAUUCUCGAGGAAAGACUAGUUGCUACCUGCAUGUUUGUUAAUGCUGCUUUUACUGUAGAACUAUCCCCUGUAGAAAGCCCUGUUUUUCCAUAUGCAUGCUUAAGCAAAGGGAUGCAUGCAAAGGAAGAUCUGCAGUAAUAUUUCCCCACAAAGGUGCAGUGUGUAACUUACUAAAAUCUUUGAGAUAAUAGAAGUUUUAACUACAAAAGUUGAGAAAAAAAGUUAGGUGCAAUAAAUACUGCAGCAAGUCUGCCGUUUUAAUGGGGGAAACCAUACAACGCUGCUUGUUGAAGGAACAAAAAUCAAGCCAUUUUUACUGCAAUAAUGAAAUAAUGAUUUGAUCCUUUUCAAAAUGCCAGUAGCAGCUGCAGCUCAGAGUGCACUAAGCUGCUCUGCGUUGUGAAAUAUUGGCAGGUACACAAGAACAAGACAGAGAUAUGAAAGAGGAAAGCAAUAUGACGCACACUGACGUCAAGCCACCACCUCCCGUCAAACACACUGACACACACACAAGGCUUUAUGAGUACAAAGGGAACUGCACUGCUAAGCUAUUCACAUCGACCCCUCUUUGCACAUUGAACAUCCAAUUGGAAGUCAUAUGAUCCGACAGACUGACUCAGUGAAAGAGGAUUUUUGUGAAUCAGAAAGUGUCUCAGCUGAAUGCUCACAGAGAUUUUGCAGUUGUUUAACACUGAUUUAUAUUUGUGAAGAAUUAUAUACUUUACUUAAAAAAAGGCAAAAAUACAUUUUCUAAUGCAAAAAUCUGAUAAUUAUAUAAGUGACCAAAAUACAUGAGAAGACAUACCAUAAUGUUCGACAAAAGGGAUUUCAAAUUAUUAAUAA